CUGCUCUGCCUACCACCGGAGCAAGUUCAGACCACAGACAGCUUGCCCAGAUCAGCAGUACCACUAUGGGAUCUCUAAUGGUUUCUUUGUACAUUGGCAAGUGGUAAUCAGUAGCUGGAUUUUUACGCUUUCUGGUAAUCAAUCACUUUAUGGACUAGAGGAAUAUUCUCUUGGUUUCUCUACAACCCAGACUGAAUCUAAUGGAAGAUUAAUAUAAUUUUGGUCAAAAAUGAACCUGCCUGUUAAAAUCUAUACAGUUAUGCAGUGGGAUGAUGGAUAAACAACUAAGGGCAACCUAUCCUAUGGCCACUAUUGAACCAGACCCUUAUAAUGAGCCCCAGCCUGGUGAUCUCAUCGAGAUCUUUCGACCAGCUUAUCAGCACUGGGCACUGUAUUUGGGAGAGGGAUACAUCAUCAACCUUACACCAGUGGAUGAGAAUCAAGCAGCGGCCAUGUCCAGUGUGAAAUCAAUGUUCAGUCGUAAGGCAGUGGUUCGUAUGCAGCUCCUGAAAGAUGUGGUGGGGGGAGAUACUUUCCGUGUUAACAACAAAUAUGAUGACAAUCACACCCCCUUACCUGUUGGUAAUAUCAUUCAGCGAGCUGAAGUCCUUAUUGGUCAGGAAGUGUCAUAUGACCUCCUGGGUAAUAACUGCGAGCACUUUGUCACCCUUCUGCGUUAUGGUGAGGGCGUAUCUGAGCAGGCAACGCGUGCUAUUGGGGCCAUAAGUUUGGUGACAGCAGCAGCAAGUGCCUUCUCGGUGCUCGGAUUAAUCAACACUCGCUCCAGGAACAGACCUUUUUGACUUCACUAUUUAAGCCCUUCCACUUCAGACCUAUUACAACAAAAAGGAUGCCCACACUGUCAAUUCUUAAAUCCUCUUGGCAUAAAGCAUAUUUCGUUUUAAUGGUGGGUAACUCCAAAUUUGUGUACACUUGCAUUUAGUGUUGCUUGGGUUCCACUUUGUUGCACUGAAGUUUUCAGCCUCAUUUAUAUUAGUUUGUUUAAGAUGAGCUGAGGCCUUUAUUUGUUCUGCUAAAUUAAUAACAUUAUUUACAACAUGAUUACUACUGAGAUUGAAUAUUUAAUACAAAAUUGUGGGUUUUGAAAUGCAUGAUAAGAUAAUGUAAAUGUUUUGGGUUUUUUUCAGUUGAUUGUUAUUCUUUGAAAAGGUUUAACACUAGUAUGACAGCAUAACUAAUAUAUCCACUAUUGUAGGGUUGAUUUUCUGGUGGAUCAAUUACAAACUUUUUACUGUUUGAUCACACUUUGGAGAACAAUGCCACAUCUUUGGUGCGACGUCGCCUACGAUUUUUGACUACAAUUCCCUGGAAGCAACGGGUCGAGGUUUCCGCCCGCCCGAGCGUCCUUGGGAGACCCCGUAGUAGUUGGAAACGUUCAUUUGUUUUACCGCAAUAUCCCUCCGCGACUUUCUAUAGUUCACAAAAUUGUGUAUCAUAUGUCACACACUCGUAUGGAUGGAUCUGAAGUCGCUCCAUAUCGUGUUCAAACGUUGUUUAACAAUGACAAUAAAAUCAAACGAAAUACGUCUUUA